GGGGACAUUUCACAUCCUCUCAAUUACUUCCUUUCCUGCAGAUCCCCUUGCAGACCCCGAAUGCACACCAUGCUGAGUGAUGGGCACUGAGUGGUGUAGUCGCACGGACGCGGAUGGAGGAGGAUGGAGGGAAAUCAACGCUACCUGGCGUCACAGCAGCCCGACCACUAAGACCAGCACACCUGUCCUCCUGGACCACCUGAGGGAGUACCUUUCCCUCUUACUGAGGGACAGACAGACAGAGAGAGGGAGAGGCAGAGAGAGAGAGGGGGAGAGAGAGCUGUGAACCACAGGAUACAUCAGAAGUCCUGGUCCGGACGGUGACCUUUCUCCUUCAGUGACUGACCGGACCACCAGGCUGGACGAGAGAGAAACGGAGAGAGAGAGAAAACAAUGGGCAACAUGGCAACGGAGAUAGUCGCUUUCCUCCUGACCAUCUCGGGGUGGGUUCUGGUUUCCUCCACCUUGCCUACGGACUACUGGAAGGUGUCGUCUGUGGACGGGACGGUCAUCACCACAGCCACCUUCUGGUCCAACCUGUGGAAAACCUGUGUCACCGACUCCACCGGUGUGUCCAACUGCAAGGACUUCCCCUCCAUGUUGGCUCUGGAUGCCUAUAUCCAGGUCUGCCGGGGUCUGAUGAUAGCAUCUGUGUGUCUGGGGUUCUUUGGUGCCACCCUUGCCUUGGUGGGAAUGAAGUGCACGAAAAUUGGGGGCUCAGAAACAACCAAAGCCCGCCUGACCGUUCUCUCCGGCCUCCACUUCAUCCUCACCGGGUUAUGCUGCAUGACUGCAUGCUCCAUCUACGCCCACAGGAUCACCACCGACUUCUUCGACCCGCUUUUUGUCGCUCAGAAGUUUGAACUGGGAGCGGCUCUCUUCAUCGGCUGGGCCGGAUCAGUGCUGUGCAUCUUAGGAGGACUCGUCUUCUGCCUCUCUUUAUCGGAGGGCUUCGGCUUAAGAGCCGGGUAUUCAUACAGCGGAGCGACGUCGCUCAUGACCACGCGCAACAAGGCCGGCGGGCCGGCCACGUGCCCUCCUCGCAAAGAGGCCCGAGCGCCGGCCGAGUCCUCCAGGCGGUUUGUCAGGAACGCCUAUGUGUGACGCAGGACCUCCUGCCAUGUCCUGCGAGGCACCUGCGAGCUUCGCCCAUGAGCAUUUAGCAAACUCGUCCGACAGGUGGGAGAGUGACCCCGGGAAGUGAACUUGUACAGCUGAACCCUGAGGACCAACGAAGAGGCCGCAAAAUACAGUAAAUGUUAGCGUGCACGGUACCAAUUAUCCACUGGUGCCAUUCUUGUCUAUUGCCAUUUUUUACAUGUGAUUUUCCACACGAGCCAAGAUGGGAAGAAUUGGAAAAAUAACCACAUCAGCGUCAUAGUAGCGAGGAAACAUCUGCGAUGCCAUGGCAACCGUAGUGAAAUUUAGACAAGUACAGACCUCGAGGAUGAUCAGAGACAGUGCAGGCUUCCCUCGGAAAACAAACUUCCCACACUGAAAUAUUUCUCUAAAUAGGCCGCGAAGGAAAAUUCCUCUGAUAAGCUUGUUUAUCUGUCGAAGCAGGAAAUUCAACUUGGCACAAAAUUCCUCUCGGGUAACCGGUCACCUUCAACAGGCUGGCCCACACCGCUGCUCCCCAAUUACCUACAGAGUCGCAUGGAGGGAAGAAGGGAAACCAAACCAGCUUCUCUUCUUCUUCUUCUUCUUCUUCUUCUUCUACACCAUGACGUCGGAAUGAUUUUAUCCACACCCUUUAAAUUAGUAAGAGAUCGCCAAACAGUUAGAGAGUGCCAAGCUCGUGAGGCAACGCCAAAAAUGGUUUUCUGAUCUGCAAAACGCUGGAACAUCUCGGUUUCCAUGGUGACAGGGCAUCCUCUUUCAUCAUCACCCAUUUGUAUAGUUAGACUUUUCACAUUUGCAAUGUUGUUGUUUUUUUUUCUUCUUCGUUGGUGUAUUCAGUCAAAACGUCUAACGGACACGUGCGGCAUGUUUCUCGCUCUCAACCUUGCACAAUCGGCGUAGCGGAUUAAUAAGUGACGAAUUUGGCCUUGAUAAAACGACUAAUAGAUAACCCUUUAAGAAAUUGAGUAAUCCUCCUCGUCAGGACAGAUGGGCGCCACUUAAAGCCGAGAUCAUAUCGUAAAUAGUUAUCCGGCACCGUUUGUCCCGCGAUGAAGACCGAUUAUGUGGCGGUGUGCCAAGAACGGGGUUGUGUUAUUCAGUCUGGCCCGCUCUCUGAGGCGUUUGUGGUCCAAAGGGUGAACAAGUCCAUCAUGUUAUUUCAUGUGAGAGGUGUGACACAGCAUGUUAUCCAUCCAGAUUGGUUUAUAACCUAUUUCCUGUGUUUGAGAAACCACUUGGUGGGGAAAAAACCACCUGCCAUAAGUAAUAAAUGAU